GAGCUAGACCAAGGGACACGGGGAAUUUGUAGUAAAUAACAGCGGUUCAAUUUUCGCGAUAUGUGUGUUUGAAUGAUGUAAAGGGACCAGGCCGGUGUGGGCCUCGCGCUUCGAUCGCAAGUCCACCGGAGCGGAAGCUUUGCGCAUGCGCGGUGGGUGGUCGGGAGGGCUUGGGGAUACCUCCGUCGUGAAGGAUGAUAAUGCCGGGUGGGUCGGCGAUCUCUGAAUGCAGGCGCUUUGCUGUUUAAUGUAUGAUCUUGCUACCCUCCGCUGCUUUCGUUUUCAUUGUUACGAGUACCGUAUAUCUUUCAAGCCUGUCUGUGCAUGCACGUGACUUAUAUCUGUGUGAAACAGAGGAGCGAAUGCACAUAUAGUUGUAAUUGUUCGCGCGUGUGUGUGAGAUUUAUGCUGAUUGUUGAGGGUGAUACAGUGGCUUUGUUUAAUAACUUUGACCGCAGCGUACGGUCCCUUGAGACCAACUUUGCCGAACCUUCAUAUUGUUCAUCGCUACUGUCCUUUUCAACAACAAAAGUUGUAAGGGUGUGUAUACAAACAUGCUCUGUUAUGCACACACCUACACACGCGCAAGUGAAAGCGUGCAAGGGUAGAUCAAUGCUAUACACAUGUUGCCUCAGAUUACGGUCAAAUCCCACGGGCCGCGGCAACCAUUUGGUUUUCAAAAAUCGUUGGUGUAACUCUCCCUUGCAGCCGACUUCAGCAACAGCUCGAUGCAGCCACGCCGACGAUCAGACUCGUAGUGCCGACGUGGACAGUGACGUGCCACGACCUUUACCUCCAGAGACUUUUCAGAACUCGUAUAUUCUGCUAGUAUUUGUUUAUCCCGAGGACAGCCUGUACACAUCCUAGGUACGGGUGUUUUACGCUGUAACUAAAGUUACCAACUUUUCAAAAAAAAUUCUUUAAUUUGGAGACUCAAAGUGCCCGACCGUGGAUUACUUCCUGAACGACUGUAUCUUUGUAUAAAUUAUAGCUUGUCUGUGUCGAGCUCAUUGACAAAACCCCGAAGAGGUUUCCUCUUUACAUCGCACUCGAAGUUUUCAGACAAUGAUUGAUAUCCUUGUCUUUGUGUCGAUGCUGUGCGCUGCCUGCAGUUGGAGUGUUCAGGGUGAAGAUAGAGCCGGCCGCUUGUUUUAUUCCACAUCCAGGCUUCAGACCUUCCUGUCUCUCAACGUUUCAAACGGACUGGACCGCUACAUCGACCAUGAAAGGAAGCGUCUUGAAAUCAUCAAAACAGCGAAAGGUUAUGAAGACGAGGUCCCUCAAGUUAUAACAAGACUGGAAAAGCUUCGUAUCCUGAGUCAGGAGCUACGUGCACGCGCCGUCCAGCGGGAGGACGUUACAAGGCGUCUGAACGACUUUCACCCAACCACGGCGCUCCGCCACGUCAGCGAUUUCGUCAACACGUGGGUCGACAAGAUGGCCAAUGAGAGCGUGUACGGCUUCCGCCUUCCAGAAUUCUUGUCGAACAAACAAGGCGGUUUACCAUCUAGAGACGAUCUGGAAGGCAUGGCGGAGGCUGUGGCGGAGUUACAGUUUGCCUACAACCUUUCGACCGCUGAUAUCUACGCUGGGAGGAUUAUGGGGCAUCAGGGGGCGUCUCUGGCACCUCGCGAUGCUUUCGCCGUUGGCUGCAGGUCCAAGAGCAUUGGUCUUCUGAAUCAGGCGGCAUCCUGGUUUGCCAAGGCUCUAGCUGAGACGCCGGACCACGAGAAGACUAGUGGCAAUGCUACUUACUCUGUGGCAAAAGCCAUGGCUUACCUCGGAGUGAUUAAAUAUAGCAUGGACGAAGUCUCGGAAGGGCUAUCUCUGAUGGAAAAAGCAUCGGAAUUAGAUCCCGAAGAUGACGAGAUUGUGAAGUUGUAUCUCAGUCAUCGACACGGUCGUGACAUCCACCGGUUGAAGGAGUUUCCAACAGAGCCCAAGAUGGUCCACUGGCUGCAGCUUUGUCAGAACACAUCACGAUCUCCGAACAGCACUGUGUUGCUGAAUGGACCCGCCAAGUGGUACCACGUGUGCCGCUACAGGAAGGCGCGUGCGGUACCGUACAAAGUGUACCGCGAGGAGAUCCUCAGCCGCUCACCUCAUCUGUCGCUGCUGCACCAGGUGGCCAGCGAUGCCGAGGCCGACAAGCUCAUCAACGUUGCACUGACGAAGCAGCUGCAGCAGAAGUCGGUACCUGGAGCAGAAGGUCUCCUCCAUUUCGUAGAAGGCACCACUGUGAUGAACAACGUGGACAUAGCCGCGACCCUGUCCGCACGCCUGUCAGAGGUCACUGGCCUAGACACGACAGAAAGAUUCCCACAUCAUUCCAGCGGCGAACCGUUCCAUGUUUUGAAUUAUGGACUGGCCGGGACGUUCCUCCCACACUUAGAUGUAAAUAGGAAUUACAAGUCGACAUACCUCAUGACUCAUUCUGGAGAAAGAAUGGCAUCGUUGAUUUUAUACCUCAGUGACGUCAUUUCCGGAGGCGCUACAGCUUUCAACUUACUUAACAUUACAGUCAUACCACGAAAGGGCAACGCCCUGCUGCUGUACAACCUUCGUGCAAACGGCGACAGGGAGGAAGACGCUGAGCACACAGGCUGCCCCGUGGCAGUCGGAGCUAAAUGGGUGGCCAGCAAGGGUGUGUGGAGCUGGGGCAAUGAGCUGAGACACCCCUGUGGCAAGCGGAAGAUGUCAUCACAUUUGGAGGUUGACAAGAUGUCGCAGCGAUUGCGAAGAUAAUGCUGGGCGAUAACGUCCUUGUCAUCAUCAACAUCGGGCAGGACCGACGCCUCUGUCAUCUCCGACUAUUUGAGAUUUUAAGAAAGGAAGAAGUGUGUGUUUAUACUUGCGGUGUUCGUGUAUACGUGCGUGCUCGCGUGUGUUUGCUCGUGUUUCACAAGUAUAAUUUAUGGGAGUAGGUUCAUUGCAGGCUAACAUGCAGCAAUGUGGCAUAAGAAAACAACUAUUACUUAACUUCAGUACUUAAUUAUAAUAUCAUAUUGUGCAUCAGUUCAUUUAUUGCUGGAGUCGAACACCAAACAAGCAUUUAGUGCCAUCCAUGGCUAACCUCACCAAUAAAUUCUUCAUUUUUUUCUGGUCUACUGAAUGUUUUAUUUUAUGCUUCACUUCUCUAGCUUUCUGUUACUGCAAUAUGAACAGUUCCUGCAGUUUCAGAUAUAAUCAAUUAAAUAAUAGUGUUUACCUUUAGAACUUUUUAUGCCAGAGACAAAUAAGUUUUUCAUCUGUAAUCUUUUUCGAAAAUAUAUCUUUUCUUAUAUACUUCCGCCCAGUUAGGUGUCAGGUGUAGGUGGGGGAUGAGGUGAGAAAGAACCCUAGCACGAACUUAAAAUUUACAUUUCUAUAAAAAAAAAAAUCUAUAGGAAACGCGUGGCAAAGACUAUAUGACCAACGCCCAAUGAAACACGUUACACACUAUCUGUCCAAUGACCAGUAAAACAAAUUACUCUUUUACAGUUGUGUGUAUGUGUGAGAACAAACGCUUCUAACAUCAUAACGGUCUCUUUUCAUUUUGUUUUCUGAUAUAAGGAUUACUUCCAUAGGAGACGAGUACUUAAUACAAGAACACUGAUACCUAUGUCGUUAAUUAAAACAUAAACUGAAACCUAAA